CUCAUUUCAUUCCCACUAUGAAAUAUCUAUUGAUGGUUAUUAGUUUCCUUUUAUUAUGGGUAGUAGAAGGACGGUCUCAGCACCUGACGAAUCCCUUUUCAUCGCUGACGGACGAGGAUCGAAGCUGGAACAUGUGGAGGAGAACCAUCGACGAACAACUAGAAGAAUCUGGGUCCGCUUUUGAUUUAACUUCGCUACUUCACAACGUUUUCGUCGCGCUGAAAUCUUCUUCAUUUCCAACGGCUGUGGCUAGCAACAUUUCCCAACAGUGUCUACAAGACAGUCAGUUGUAUGUCCACAGUCUUUACACCAACCGGAGCCUAUGGGCCUUGCAAAUGAAGGAAUCAUCAGGACAAUUGCCACCGGGAUUGUUUGGUUCGUUUAAUUUCCAAGCGGACGGACUGUUUGACGAAUGCCAGGCCGUUAAGGCGCCCGAUUUCGACGGGCAGUAUUGUAAGGUCUUUUUCAAAACUGCGCCCGUCAACCAGUCAGAAAUCGUCCCUCAAAAAUCGACAGGUGAGGAACAAAGUGAGCGGAGCAACUUUAUAACCAUUUUCCAGCUGUUGGGCAGAUUUCUGGGUACCGAUCGAGUCGAUCCGAAAUUAUCCGCGGCGGAUGCUUAUUCCCACCUCUUGCCCAGCGUCAGCUUCUGUUUACCAUCAUCCUGCAGUGCAGAAGAUCUCGGCCAAGCCGUCGCUGAACUCAUUGGCAGUUACGUCAUAGCUAAUAAAUCUAUCGUGACCAUCACUGACGAGCAAUACUGCUUUAAAGAAAGCAACAGUCCACCUGCUUUGGAUGGAGCCACCAUCACAGUCAUAGUGGUUUUGAGUCUUAUCGGUUUUCUGGUUGUGUCGGCAACAAUUCACGAAGCCUGGCGAAUGUACCGCGGAACGGAUUUUGACGCCAAGAAGGAUGGUACGGCCAUUAUUGCUCUGCAUUGUUUCUCGAUAUUAAACAACGGACGUAAAAUCCUGUCGAUGAAAGUUCCGGUCUCAUCCAGCGACAAUUUCGGAUGCAUUCACGGCCUCCGCUUCUUUUCCACCUGCUGGGUCGUUGUGGGUCACACCUGGAACUUUAUGAUAUCGAAAAUCCUGAAUCCGAAAGCCGCUUACAAGGACGCACUGGGUUUUGGUAUGCAGACCAUUGGCAACGCCACCGUUUCGGUUGACACUUUCUUCUUGAUGAGCGGCUUACUGGUGUCGUUCCUUUUGCUCCGCGAGCUGGACCGCAACAAAGGCAAAUUCAACGUCGGCCUCUUCUACCUGCAUCGAUACCUGCGACUCACGCCAGUCUACGCCGUCAUCCUCGGCUUUGUUGCCACUUUGAUGGUCUACCUGGGCACCGGCCCCAAUUGGUACAGCGUGACUUUCUACGCAGACGCUUGCCGCACCGCCUGGUGGAGGCAGUUCCUCUACAUUAACAAUGCGAAAACACAGUGCAUGGGACAAUCUUGGUACUUGGCUAUUGAUAUGCAACUGUUUAUCCUAUCGCCGCUCUUUAUUUAUCCGCUUUGGCGCUGGAAGAAAUUCGGAUUGGCUUGGCUGGCCUUCGUUACGCUUUUGUGUCACGCUGCCAUCUUCGCCGUCUAUGCCAUUUACGACCUUCCUCCCACAGUUAUCAUCACACGAAGCAAUAAAGAUAAUGCAGUGUCGGAAUAUUACGUCCAUUAUUACCUGAAGACAUGGGCCAGAGCGCCACCUUACCUUCUCGGAAUUGGGGUAGGGUGGUAUUUACAUAUCACCAAACAAUCGGGAAAUCGAUUGACAAAGUCUUUAGUGGCCAUUGGAUGGACAUUAUCCGCAAUUGUUGGACUUGCCAUCGUCUACGGUCUGUUCCCCUACGUCGAUCAGUUCAAAGUUCCCGAAAUCAGUUCGGCUGUCAAAAUGACUUACGGGCCGCUGCACAGAACGGCCUGGGCUUGCGUCAUAGCCUGGAUUAUCUUGGCCUGUUCUCGUGGUUACGGAGGUUUCGUGAAUCGGAUCCUGUCGUGGAAGGGAUUCCUACCGCUUGGCCGACUGACUUAUUGCGUCUACCUGAUCCACUAUGACUAUCUGAACGUGUUCUACGCCGCCGUGCGCAAGCAGUUCUAUUACACAAUGUUCGAACAGUUCACCACUUGUUUCGGCGUUCUCGUCGUCACGUUCGCCCUGGCAUUUGUGGCGUCAGUCACUGUUGAAGCUUCUUUCCUGAAUUUGGAGAAAUUCAUCUUCGCUUUUAAGCUCAAAGGCAAAUCGAAAGAUGAAAUCGAGCCCAAAGUUGACGGGAAAACGUAGGAGGAGCCCACGGGAAAUUGAAAUUGAUAAAUCGACUUUUAUAAUAGAAGAAUCAAAUCAAAUGUCAAUCUUUUUUCUUCUUAUGAGCCACUACAGAUUUACGCCAAGUCUUUUGUUUUUUUGUUUUUUUGAAAUAUAAG